CCAGCACUCCACCCUAUCCCGUAAGUUUGUGGAGGUGAUGACGGAGUACAACGCCACCCAGUCCAAAUACCGGGACCGCUGCAAGGAUCGGAUCCAGAGGCAAUUGGAGAUAACUGGCCGGACAACCACCAACGAAGAGCUCGAAGACAUGCUGGAGAGCGGCAAACUGGCUAUUUUCACUGAUGAUAUCAAAAUGGACUCACAGAUGACGAAACAGGCUCUGAACGAGAUCGAGACCCGACAUAAUGAGAUCAUCAAACUGGAAACCAGUAUCCGUGAGCUGCAUGACAUGUUUGUGGACAUGGCUAUGUUGGUGGAGAGCCAGGGAGAGAUGAUUGACCGCAUUGAGUACAACGUGGAGCACUCCGUUGACUACGUGGAAAGAGCUGUGUCCGACACCAAGAAAGCUGUAAAAUACCAGAGCAAGGCUCGGAGGGUGAGUGCGGGGAUGGGGCAGGGGGGUGGACCCCCUUCAGCUGAUGAAAGAGGCUGAGACCCCACAGAAAUCCAGACACAUAUCUCCCCGGCCCCACCCGAGGCAGGUCAUCCCCGAGAGCCUCCUCCCCCAGCAGAGAUGAAGACACUUCACCAGAGCCUGUCCCCUCCCUUCUCCUGUCUCUCUCUCUCCAUCACUCCAUCCCCAAGGCCUCUCCACACCACACGCUUCACUAAUUUUGUGUGUGGCAGCCGUUUUCUAUUUUUAACACAGUCUAUCCACUCCCUUCCAUCUUAGCCCCCACUUCCCUGGCUCCCGAAACACUGCUAUCCCAGCCCUGGCCUCCCGGUGCCCCUCACUCCCGACACACAGCCCCUGCUAGCCCAGCCCUGGAC